GGCCACCCUUGGACCAACCAAACACACCAGCUCAUCUCAUUCUCAGAGAUCACACAUCCAUCAACUCGAGACGCGUUAGAGACGCAGAGACUCACCAGUCACCAUCACCGGCGUAGCGUAAUCGAUCGUUAGGUUGCUGGGAGAUGGAAGCCGCUGUGGGCGACCUCAUGGCGACCGAGCUGAGGCUUGGCCUGCCGGGCACCGCCGACGACGACCAGCCUCAGAUGAAGGCCACGGUGCCGUCGACGCCUAGGGGCAAGAAGCGCACCACCGACACCGACGCCGUGGAGGACGCCGCCGCCGAGGAGGACAGCAAGCACGACGUCGAGGCAGCACCGCCGGUAGCCAAGGCGCCUGUGGUAGGGUGGCCGCCGGUGAGGUCAUACCGGAAGAGCUGCUUCCAAGCAAGCAGCAAGCAGGCGACCAAAGAUGAGGCGCCCAGCAGCAACACAGCAGCAUCCGCAGCAGCGAACACUACCAUCGGCUCCUUCGUGAAAGUGAGCAUGGACGGCGCCCCGUACCUGAGGAAGGUUGACCUGAGGAUGUACAAGGGUUACAGGGAGCUCAGGGAGGCCCUGGAGGCCAUGUUCGUCAGCUCCAACAACGGUGGCGCAAACCUGUCGGAGUUCGCGGUCACCUACGAGGACAAGGACGGCGACCUGAUGCUCGUCGGAGACGUGCCAUUCGAGAUGUUCACUAGCACUUGCAAGAAGCUGAGGAUCAUGAAGAGAUCUGAAGCCACAGGCCUGGGAUCGUUGAGGCAAUGAAGAUUUGAUGUCCGGACAAGAUGUCAUGGGCUUCUUUUUUUUUCCUUUCUAUACUUUUUGUUCUUCUUCCUGGAACCAAGCCAAAGGAUGAGCUUGGUGCAUCAAAGUGCACACAUGGAUGUGUGUGGCUUUGUUUGUUUAAGAGACAAGUAGGUCUUUUAGCAGCACAAAGGAGAUGUGGAGAUUUCAGUUAACUCUUCAUGUGUUUGUACAAACAAAACACAGUUAUAUUAAAUCGUUGAUCACUUGAAAUCAUGUUGUCAUACAGUCAGAGGA